AUGCCUGACUUCAAGCUCUCCGCAACUUUGGAAGGCCACGGCGAUGAUGUUCGCGCUGUGGUCUUCCCAAAUCCAAAUGUCGUCCUUUCUGCUUCUCGUGAUGCAACAGUUCGACUCUGGAAGCUCGUCUCCACUCCACCUCCCACAUAUGACUACACCAUCGCUGCCCAUGGCGGUGCCUUCAUCAACAGCUUAGCCUACGUUCCCCCCACAUCCGAGUUUCCAGAGGGUCUUGUCCUUUCGGCUGGUCAAGACGCAAUAAUUGAAGCCAGACAGCCUGGCAAGGGUGCGGAGGAUAAUGCGGAUGCCAUGCUUCUGGGUCACGGUCACAAUGUCUGUGCUCUAGAUGUGUCUCCUGAUGGCAGAUGGGUUGUCAGUGGCAGCUGGGAUUCCACCGCCCGGCUAUGGAGGGUCGGGAAAUGGGAGUGUGAGGUCGUACUAGAGGGACACGAGGCAAGCGUCUGGGCCGUGCUGGCGUAUGACGAGAACACAAUCAUCACAGGCUGUGCUGAUAAGAUGAUCCGAAUGUUCAAUACCUCGGGAAAACUACUUGGAAGCGUACAGAACUCAAACGACGUUGUCCGGGCCUUGUGCAAGCUUCCUGCAUCGAACUCUACAGGAGCCCACUUUGCAUCAGCUAGCAAUGAUGGAAUCAUUCGUCUAUACACACUCCAAGGUCAACUGGUCGCCUCUCUGCAUGGCCAUGAAAGCUUCAUCUACUCCCUUGCUGCGCUGCCAUCUGGCGAGCUGACAAUCACCCAUCCCGCAAUCUCAGUUUGGAGUGUCGCAGCUUGCAGUGAGACCGGUGAUAUCGUCACCGGUGCUAGUGACCGCAUUACUCGUGUUUUUAGUCGAAGCCCUGACCGUCAUGCAGCCCCGGAGGCCAUCCAACAGUUUGACCAGGCCGUUAAGGAGUCAGCUAUUCCGGAGCAACAAGUUGGAAAGAUUAAUAAAGAAGAGCUACCUGGUCCGGAAUUCCUCAAAGAAAAGUCCGGAACUAAGGAAGGUCAGGUUCAGAUGAUCCGAGAGCCUGGUGGUACUGUCAGCGCCCACACCUGGUCGUCAGCGACACAGGAAUGGGUUGCUAUUGGUAUGGUAGUCGACUCGGCUGGUAGCAGUGGUCGAAAGACCGAAUACCAUGGUCAGGAUUAUGACUACGUUUUCGAUGUUGACAUAGAGGAUGGCAAACCUCCGCUGAAACUACCAUACAAUGCCUCACAGAAUCCAUAUGAGGCCGCGACUAAGUUUAUUGGAGACAACGAACUCCCUAUGACUUAUUUGGAUCAGGUUGCCAACUUUAUCACUCAGAAUACUCAAGGUGCCACCAUUGGGCAAGCUGAGGAACCCGCAGGUGCUGAUCCCUGGGGCUCAGACCGACGUUACCGUCCAGGAGACGCCGCGGCGCCUACUGGAGAGCCUCAGCCACCUGCUCCCGAGCCACGCCCCAAGGUGCUCCCUCAGAAGAUCUAUCUCUCCAUCCGCACAGCAAACCUCAAAGUUAUCACGAAGAAGCUUCAAGAAUUAAACGCACAGCUUGUGUCCGACGGAGCAAAGGACGUGGCUUUGAGCCCCUCAGAGGUGGAAACGGUUGUCGCCUUGUGCGGUCAGCUCGAAUCCUCCCAACAGCUUAAAGUUUCACCCGAGGUGGAGUCUGGAGUGCCAUUGAUUCUCAAGAUCGCCACAACGUGGCCUGCUGCCAAACGACUCCCUGGCCUAGAUAUUCUCCGUCUACUGGCGGCAGCCGCGCCAUUUACAGCAUCCGCCGAGUAUAAAGAUGAAAACGUCGUGUCGGGUGUGAUAUCCAGCGGUGUUUUUGAAUCUCCUCUUAGCGUCAACAACGCAAUGCUCGCAAUGCGGACAUUUGCUAAUCUAUUCGAGACGGCCGACGGACGCGACCUAGCCAUAAGCUCAUUUGAUCAGAUCCUGGCAGGAGUAAAGUCUGCUUUGGCCAGCAGUGGAGAGUCACCGAACCGCAACCUUACAAUCGCCAUCACGACGUUGUACAUCAAUUUCGCAGUUUAUCUUACCUCCGAAGGCAGGAACCAAUCUCCAGAGUCCGCGGAGCGAGGUCUGGUCCUCCUAGAGGAACUGACUCGCAUCAUCGCUGGAGAGAAGGACUCAGAGGCGGUUUACCGAGCGCUCGUCGCGCUUGGCACUCUGGUGACAGCGCUCGGGGAAGAGGUUAAGAGUGCUGCCAAGGAGGUCUACGAGGUCGAUGGGGUUCUCACGAGAGCUUCUGCCUCCGGUCCUGGAAAGGAGCCUCGUAUCAAGGGUAUUAUUGCCGAGAUACGGGAGGCUCUCUAA